UCUCUAAAUAAGAGCUGUGCGGACGCAACAGACAAGCCACUCAGUUAGUUGCAGUAAGUGGUUCCCACCCUUGCAAAACAAUGCAGGCCCAGGAUCUGAUCCGGCACUUGCGGAUGCCUGAGCUGGAUGACGUGAGGCAGUAUGUGCGGAGUAUUCCCACCAACACUCUCAUGGGCAUGGGCGCCUUCGCAGCCAUCACCACCUACUGGCUGGCCACCCGCCCCAAAGCCCUCAAACCACCCUGUGACCUCAGCAUGCAGUCUGUGGAGAUACCAGGUGGUGAAUAUGCUCGGCGUUCUAUUCUACUAGACUGUGACACAUACAUGGCAUACUACUAUGAUGACGCUCGGACAAUGUAUGAGUUUUUCUUACGAGGACUAAGAGUGUCCAAAAAUGGGCCAUGUCUAGGGUCACGAAAACCAAACCAGCCGUAUAAAUGGCUCUCAUAUAAAGAGGUGGCAGACAGGGCAGAGUUCACAGGUUCAGCAUUGCUUCACAGGGGUCACAGCCAGUCAGGAGACAAAUAUAUUGGCAUCUUUGCACAGAACAGACCAGAGUGGACAAUUUCAGAGCUGGCAUGUUAUACAUAUUCACUGGUGGCGGUUCCACUAUAUGAUACACUGGGCACAGAGGCCAUCAGUUACAUCAUUGACAAAGCCACCAUCUCCACGGUGAUCUGUGAUAUCGCGGAUAAAGCUCGUCUAAUCCUGGACUGUGUGUCUGGACGGAAGCACAGCGUCUCGACCAUUGUGAUCAUGGAGGACUUUAACAGCGAGCUGAUCGCACUGGCACAACAGAACGGCAUUGAGAUAGUGAGCCUAAAGGAACUGGAGGCUAUUGGUAGAGCCAACUACAAGAUGCCCAUUCCCCCUAAACCAGAGGACCUGGCUCUAAUUUGCUUCACCAGUGGAACUACAGGAAAUCCAAAGGGAGCAAUGCUCACACAUGGAAAUGUUGUUUCCAAUUGUGCCGCUUUCAUAAAAGUAACAGAGGUACAUUGCAUGCUUAACCAGACAGACAUUCAGAUUUCUUACCUACCACUAGCACACAUGUUUGAAAGAGUGGUUGAGGGAGUGCUUCUGGUCCAUGGGGCCAGGAUAGGGUAUUUUCAGGGUGAUAUUCGUCAGCUGAUGGAUGAUUUGAAGACUCUUAAGCCCACUGUGUUUCCUGUAGUGCCCAGACUACUAAACCGCAUGUUUGACAAGAUCUUCGGACAGGCGAACACUCCUCUUAAAAGAUGGCUGCUGGAUUUUGCCACCAGCAGGAAAGAGGCGGAGUUGAGGAGUGGAGUUGUGAGGAAGGACAGCAUGUGGGAUAAACUCAUCUUCAGCAAAGUGCAGGCCAGUCUGGGUGGGCGCGUGAGGCUAAUGAUCACAGGAGCUGCUCCAGUCUCUCCCACUGUACUCACCUUCCUGCGAGCAGCAUUGGGCUGCCAGUUUUAUGAGGGUUAUGGGCAGACAGAGUGUACUGCAGGCUGCUCUAUGUCACUUCCUGGAGACUGGACAGCAGGUCAUGUGGGAACGCCGCUGCCCUGCAACUUUGUUAAGCUCAUGGAUGUGGCUGAAAUGAAUUAUUUUGCAGCCAAUGGAGAGGGAGAGGUUUGUGUGAAAGGAUCAAACGUAUUUCAAGGUUAUCUGAAGGACCCAGAGAGAACCGCAGAGGCCUUAGGUAAAGACGGCUGGCUGCACACUGGAGACAUCGGCAAAUGGCUUCCGAAUGGGACUCUGAAGAUCAUAGACAGGAAAAAACACAUCUUUAAGCUGGCUCAGGGUGAAUACAUCGCUCCUGAGAAGAUUGAGAACAUCUAUAUCCACAGUGAUCCUGUUGCACAGAUCUUUGUACAUGGAGACAGUCUACAGGCAUGUUUGGUGGGUAUUGUGGUACCUGAUCCAGACUUUCUGCCAGGAUGGGCAAAGAAAAGAGGGAUUGAGGGCUCCUACGUCGAAAUGUGCAAGAACAAGGAACUGAAAAAUGCCAUUCUAGAGGAUAUUAUUCGACUAGGGAAAGAAGCCGGACUGAAGUCUUUUGAACAGGUGAGAGACAUUGCUCUGCACACGGAGAUGUUCUCUGUUCAGAACGGACUCCUCACGCCAACACUGAAAGCUAAGAGAGCAGAGCUGAGGAGCCACUUCAGAGAGCAAAUCGACCAGCUCUAUGCCAAAAUCAAAAUGUGAACAACGAGAGAAAGAGACAUCUCGUCUACACUGAGUCCAAGCGACGUGAUGCAACAAAACUAACAAUAAUAGUUUGUUGAUUCUUUUUUUAUAAUUUUUUUUUUUUUUUGCAUUUUUUUUUGUUGCAUUUUUAUCCCCUUUUCUCCCCAAUUUGGAAUGCCCAAUUCCCACUACUUAGUAGGUCCUCGUGGUGACGCGGUUACUCGCCUCAAUCCGGGUGGCGGAGGACAAGUCUCAGUUGCCUCUGCUUCUGAUACAGUCAAUCCGUGCAUCUUAUCAGGUGGCUCACUGUGCAUGACACCAUGGAGAUUCCGCAUGUGGAGGCUCAUGCUACUCUGCACGAUCCACGCACAACUUACCACGUGCCCCAUUGAGAGCGAGAACCCCUAAUCAUGACCACGAGGAGGUUACCCCAUGUGACUCUAUCCUCCGUAGCAACCAGGCCAAUUUGGUUGCUUAGGAGACCUGGCUGGAGUCACUCAGCACACCCUAGAUUCAAACUCACGACUCCAGGGGUGGUAGUCAGCAUCAAUACUCGCUGAGCUACCCAGGCAGCUUUGUUGAUUAUAAGUGGAGCAGUCAAGUUUUGUUGCUUUGUUAUAUCACUCACUUAUAACGUAGGCACGGUGAGAGAGGGGAAGGACCACUGCAGAUAUUCUUGGAUUCUCCUAAGCCUAAAGUGAAACUAUUGCACACACAAUGAAGCCCACUUGAAGUCCUAAAGUGCAAUUAAGAUUUUCUUCACUUGGGGGUGCCACAGUUGACUCUCAGAAGAGGGGAAACACAAUCUCGUCAGCAAAGCACAUACCAAACAUUUCAUGUGCCCUACAAUUUUUCUGUGAUUACAAUUAGGCAAGCCAAAACAAAAGUAUACCAACCCAAUGCCUUAGGCCAGUGAAUGCCUUCUAUCUAACAAACAUACUGUACCUAGAGCACACCCUCAAGUCUGAUUUUAGUAGUGUGAAAAGGUAUUACUUGUAUAUAAAAUCAAAUGAAAGACUGAUUCCAAAAGUGCUUUUACACAGACAUUUACAUUAAAAUCUAUUCAUAUACUAAGUGGUUUCAUUUCUACUUAAAUUUACCCCUGAAUAAAAGGUUCUGUAAAGUGACAACUAACAUAAAUGUCUAGUCCUGAUUGUUAGUCACAAGUCUGGUAAGUUUUUGGAAAAUGUCAGGCUCUUACAAAGUUGCUCCACCCUAUCAUAUUCCUAAAUGGACUUUACUGAUUUCAACAGAGAUAUAACACAAUGAAUAAAUUAUUUCCUCUGGAAUUUAUGACUUCUUGUCGAUGCCAAAAUUCCACUGAAAGCACUUUGAUAUCUCGGUACAUCUCAACAGUGCCUCUCUCCUAGAGAGUAAUGCUUGUAUAUAGGUUAUCUAUUUAUGUUUUAAAUGUUUGAGUUCAGAUUAAUGUAAAUGAAAAUUGUGUAAAUUGUUCUUUGUAGCAUGCAAGUGUAAUAAUGGAAAUAAAAUAAUGACAUUGUAUCUUAA